AUGAGUAACACUACGACAAAGAGUAUUAAGGAAUGGUUCAAGUCAUCUGAAGCUCUUAUGAGCAUGUUAUUAGUGCAAUUAUUUGCCACUGGAAUGCAACUAUUGUCAAGGGUCAUCUUAGUGCAAGGGACCUAUGUAUUUUCACUACUCGUCUAUAGACACAUAGUUGCUGCAUUUUGCGUUGCUCCAUUUGCAUUAUACUUUGAAAGAGGACGGGAGAAGAAAUUCAAUUGGAAAGUUUGGUUUUUGCUUUUCCUCAAUGGAUUAGUGGGGAUGACAAUGGCUCUAGGAUUCUUCUAUUAUGGUCUUCGUGACACAUCGGCUACAUAUUCUGUAAACUUUCUAAACAUGGUUCCUAUUUUCACAUUCAUGACCUCUAUCAUAUGCAGAAUGGAGUAUCUAAGGUUUGGAACAUGGGGUGGCAAAGCUAAGUGUAUUGGAGCACUUCUCUGUGUUGGUGGAGCCUUAGUAACCGGUUUGUAUAAAGGAAAAGAAUUUUAUAUCUCUCAUCAUCAUGCUCACCAUUCUGCUCAGACAAAUGUUGUUGCAGCACAUAAAAUCAACAUGUUUCGUGGCACUUUCUUUUUGAUUGCAUCAUGCUUCUCUUACACAGCUUGGUUUAUUCUGCAAGCAAAGUUGAUGACUCUAUUUCCAUUGAGGUAUUGGGGAACAAUGCUAUCAUGCAUUAUGGCAGCACUUCAGGCGGCAGUAAUAGGCGUAUGCAUAGAUUCCAGCAAACAAGUUUGGAGAUUAGAGUGGAAUCUACAGCUUAUUACUAUAAUCUACUCGGGAGCAUUGGCUACUGCGGCUACAUUCUGUUUACUAUCGAUGGCAAUUACACUUAAGGGACCUACUUACCCUCCAAUGUUUAAUCCACUAGCUCUAAUUUUUGUUGCCAUAUCAGAAGCACUCGUACUUGGUGAACCACUAAAAGUUGGAACGUUGGUGGGCAUGGUUUUGAUCAUAUUGGGGUUGUAUUUCUUUUUAUGGGGUAAAAAGAAUGAGAUACCACGUUUGCCUCAAACAAAUGUAGCAGCUGGUGAAUUAUCAACAAGCAUAACAACUGAUGAUUCUUUUCAGGCUCAAUCAACUGAUGUGAUAACACCAAGUUCUUUACCUAAUAAAACUGUACAUCUUGAAAUUGAAAAAAGCUGA